GCAUAUCUUCACAAAGUAAAGUUCGUCGUCUGUCCCUUCAGAAUAAAUAUGAAGAUCAUCAAGCCAAGCCUCUCACAAAUAUCAUAAGUAUGUCACGAGUGAGGUCAAUUACUGUCUUUCGACCUGCUAUUAAUAUCAUGCCAUCUCUUUUAAGGUUUGAGGUUUUACGUGUACUUGAUAUGUCGGGGUGUAAUCUUGGGGAAUAUAGCAGUCUGCAGCUUAACCUUAAGGAUGUUGGGCAUUUAGUUCACCUACGGUACCUAGGCCUAUCAAGUACCAAAAUUAGUAAACUCCCAGCUGAGAUAGGACGCCUACAGUUUUUGGAGAUGUUGGAUCUUGGAGGCAAUCAUGAGCUACUGGCAUUGCCGUCCACUGUUUGUAAUUUGAAAAGAUUAAUCUACCUAAAUAUUUCUCCAUGUGUGGUGGUUCCAGAUGGUGUGUUGCGGAAUCUGACAUCCAUUGAAGUGUUGAAGGUGGCAUUGGGCUCUCUGAGCAUUAUUGCACAAGAGCUUGGCGACCUGUCAAGGCUGAGGGAUCUUCGGAUUUUCUUCAAGGAUGGUAGUUUGGAUUUGUAUGAAGGUUUCGUGAAGUCUCUAUGCAACCUACAUCGCAUCAAAAGUCUAAGUAUUGUUUGCUAUUCCAGAGAAGCACCGUCUUAUGAACUGAUGGAUCUCUUGGGAGAACGUUGGGUGCCUCCUGGACAUCUCUGCAGAUUUUUGUCGCACAAGCCCAUCAAACUGUCUGCACUGCAAGGGUGGAUAAAGAGAGACCCCUCACAUCUCUCGAACCUCUCCGAGUUAAGCCUGAUGUCAGUGAAGGAUGUGCAGCAGGAGGACGUGGAAACCAUUGGGGAGUUGAUGUCCCUUCGCCUUCUUCAGAUAAAGAGCACCCACCAAACACAACGACUGCUAGUCAUCCGUGCAGAUUGGUUCCGUUGUAUGGUAGUGUUUGACUUAAAUUGUGGUUCAGCGACACAAAUAAUAUUCGAACCAGGAGCAUUGCCAAGGGCGGAAGCAGUUAGGUUCAGCCUCGGCGUGCGGGUGGCGAAAGAAGAUGGCAAUUGUGGUUUCAACUUGGGCCUGCAGGGGAACCUAAUCUCCCUUCGGCAGUAUCUCUGUGUUUAUAUGUAUGUUGGUGGAGUAAGGGUUGGGGAGGCCAAGGAAGCGUGGGCUGCGGUGAGG